GCCUUAUGGUGCAGUGAGUCGCAUCUGUUCGUAUUGGACCACCACAUAAAAACACACACAGAUACACAGAUAAGCACACACGAGAGACAAUGGCUGGAUGGUACACACUCACGCUGGCUCUCCUAAGCGUCCUCAUCCCGAGUUAUGCAAUACCUCCUCGGCCCUUGAACAGCAGAUGGAGUACAACAAGCAGGAUCGUCGGAGGGCAAGAGGCGGCCAAGGGUCAGCUCCCUUACCAGGUUAGCUUCCAAGAGAAGAUCUUAGGAGUGUGGUUCCAUUUCUGUGGGGGCGUGGUGAUCGCGCCCAACUUCGUGAUGACAGCGGCUCACUGCGUGGAGGGGGGCGACUUCACCUCUCCUAGAGGCCUCAGGGUGGUGACUGGCGGCCUGGACCUUGAAGCUUCAGAGGCCUCGGAGCAGGUGGCGGACAUCAACUUCAUCAUUGAGCAUCCCUUUUACAACCAGAUCACUUUCGAGAAUGACGUGGCACUUCUGCGUCUGGAGACUCCACUGAUUUGGACGGAAUACGUUGACCAGAUCAGUCUGCCUCAGCCUCAGCAAAACUUCACUGGAGAGAUUUGUCGUGUAUCAGGGUGGGGCCGCAUGACGGAGGGCGGAGCGUCGUCCAGUACACUUCUCUACGUGGACCUGCCUGUGCUGAGCGACGAGGAAUGUGCGAAAAGUUACGUUAAUGACGAGCUCUUCCCUUCAAUGCUGUGUGCCGGUGGCACUGCAGCACAAGUGGGGUCUUGCCAAGGAGACUCUGGGGGACCAUUGGCCUGCGGGUCUACCCUGGCAGGGCUGGUGUCUUGGAGCUAUGGCUGUGCCCGCCCGGAGUAUCCAGGUGUGUACACGGAGGUGUCUUACUUUGUGGACUGGAUCAACUCGCACACCAAACGCCUUUAGGAUCAACGACUGCCCCUUAAGAGAUUGUAAUCAGGAAGCUGUUUAACUGAACUCGAUCUUUUACUUUCCCGGAAUGAAAAACAUCGCUGAUAUAAAAUACAUUCACAUUGGCGGUAAUGGUUCCGAUAUGUAAUCCAUCAAAUUGUUGUGUAUCCACUCGGUUCUUUCCCUGUCGGUCCAAAAACCGUCAACAAAAUUGUGAAUCUGCACGCAGAGGUUAUAGUAAUUGUGAUACGGGCUUACCGUUCAUUAAAAGUAGAUGAUAUAUGGAUCUGGGCAUGCAGUUUGAUUACACUUGUCAUCAUUUCAUGAUAAAUAAACUUCCUGCAAAA